UUGGGGGAAAAAAAUGAAAAACGAAGAAAGAGGAAUAGUGUGAUUGAGCCAUUUGCUCAGUUACCAAAAUGGCCUCGCUGCUUUCAAACUUUUUUCCAUGGCUCACUCUCUCUCUCGCCCUCCAAGAUCCUCCUUACUCUUUAAUACUAUACUAUUAGAAUUGAUCCCAAGAUGAGCUCUGCAAACUUCAUAAGAUGAUGAGUCAGAAGGGAAAGAAGAUGUGAAGGGGCUGAUUUUGGUUUCAGGCAUGCCCAAACAAGGAGGGUAUAAAACUAAGAAAGAUCAUCUUAAGCUUAAAAUGCAUUUUGCAAGACCAGAAUUUGAGGAGAACGGAAGCUCAAGUCAAAGUGACUCCAGUAUUUUGGAUCAAUGUUGCUCCCCAGUUAACGAGUCAAUUCUUUCUCCAUUAUCUCUAUGUCCAGCACCAAUUUGCCGUCAAUUCUGGAAAGCUGGGAAUUAUGACACAGAACACAGUUCCAAAGCUCCAAUACGAAGUACUAAUUUCUCUAUCAUUGUAUAAAAGUAUUCCAGAGGCUUUCACCUGCACUAGCACCAACACACACACAGAUAUUCCCCCAAAUUUGCCUGUGUAUUUACUUGCAUCCAGCACAUGGGUCAUUCUAGCCACCCCAAUUGAUUGGCCGAUGAUAUGUUUCUGUGAUCCAACCACUCAAUGGCAUUUUAUAGUCAGUUUGUUUUGGGCUUCCAUUUGGAGGUCCACUGUGGAGCCAUUAUGCUUUACUAUUUGGAAGAAUGGGAAAAAUUAUCUGUGUGUUCACCCCAUGUACCUUCACUCAAAUGCCACCUCACAUAAGUGGGCCUUUGGUGCUAUAGCAGAGUUGCUUGACAAUGCAGUUGAUGAGAUACAAAAUGGGGCUACUUAUGUGCAAAUAGAGAAGAUCAUCAAUCCACGAGAUGGAAGCCUAGCUUUGCUCCUUCAAGAUGAUGGUGGCGGAAUGGACCCAGAAGCUAUAAGGCAGUGUAUGAGCUUUGGAUUUUCAGAAAAGAAAAUGAAGUCUGCCAUUGGACAGUAUGGAAAUGGCUUCAAGACAAGUUCUAUGAGACUGGGAGCAGAUGUUAUUGUCUUCACGCGUCACUUGGAAAAGAGGAAAGUGACUCAAAGCAUUGGACUCCUCUCCUAUACAUUCUUAAGAAAAACAAGCCAUGACAGAGUAGUAGUACCACUGGUGGACUAUGAGUUAGAUGCAUCAACUAGAAAGUUGGGGCACAUAUAUCCUCACGGGAAACAAUUUUUUUCGGCUAAUCUCUCUGUGUUGUUGCAGUGGUCUCCGUAUUCAACAGAAGAAAUGCUGCUGAAACAAUUUGAUGAUAUAGGUACUCAUGGUACGAAAAUUGUGAUUUACAAUCUUUGGCUAAAUGGUGAUGGUGAUAUGGAACUAGAUUUUGAUAUUGAUACAGAGGAUAUUCGCAUAAAUGCAGAUGCAAAACUACUUCAGACAGGGCAUCACCCCAGACUAGUGUGUGACCAGCACAUAGCUAACCUUUACCGCUAUUCUCUCCGUGCAUAUGCAUCCAUCUUGUACCUACGGCUACCUCAAAGCUUCAGAAUAAUUUUGCGUGGACGAGUUGUUGAACAUCAUAACAUUGCAGACGAUCUCAAAUUUCCAGAAUUUAUACUGUAUAGGCCUCAACUUGGUGGAAACAUGGAGGCUGCUGUUGUUACCACUAUAGGAUUUUUGAGGGAUGCACCACAUGUGAAUAUCCAUGGCUUAAAUAUCUACCACAGGAACCGUCUUAUAAUGCCAUUUUGGCGUGUGGUCAAGGAUACGACCAAUAGUAAUGCAAGAGGAGUUGUUGGUGUUUUGGAAGCAAAUUUUAUCGAGCCUACUCACAAUAAGCAAGAUUUUGAGAAGACUUCCCUUUUUCAAAAGCUUGAAGCUCGUUUAAAGGAAAUGACAAUGGAAUACUGGCAUUUCCAUUGUGGACUGAUUGGGUAUCAGCAAAUGAAGAAGUCCUCUCCUGCAACAGAACCUCUUUCUUCAAGACCACGUAGUCAUGUAGAACAACCUGUGUUGUUGAAUCAGACUUCCUCCCUAGUUGAUAGACCAAGACCUGUUUCUUCUACAGUUGAUUCUGUUGAAGAUGAUGAAAAUACUGUGCCCAAUCUCUCCUGUAGAAGUUUGGAACAAACUAUUUAUGAUAAUCAUAUCAGGCCCCGUCAAGGACUAAGGACAAAGAGGAAGAAACGAAAGGCUACACUGGAACCUGAACAUGGAAAAAGUUGCCCAGGAUCCGGGUCCUAUGGAACGGAUACCAUGCAUAAUGCAGUUGAACAGCCUUCCGGUUGCCACGAAACUAUGGUGCGUGAUGAAGAGACAAUGAGUCUAAUGCAAGAAAAUGAAAAACUCAAGUCAAAGCUAUUGGAACUGCAGAGAAGGGAGGAAAAUCUUAAUCUAAAGGUACAACAACUCAGGAGAGAACUUGGCGAUGUCCAGGGUGAGUAUGCAAGGCUGUUGGCUGAAUCUGAAGGGAUGGGCAUAUGA